AUGCGAUCAGCAAACGACAAGAAAUCCCUACCGGCCCACCACGACCCAAAAGGAAACGGGUUCGUCAACCCCUGGCCCAGUUUUAUCCACCACGGACGCCUUGCAACCUUUCAGGCGCUCGUCUUUGAUUUUGACAGGAAACAGGCCGCCGUUACCCCUCAAACUCAGCUCCCCAACAUCCUCAACAUCAACAAGGACUUGAUCGACACCUUCAGUCGCCCUCAGGAACCACAGAGCCCAGCGGGGACUAGACACGGACAAAUCACAACCACCUGGCUUGGACAUGCGUGCUUUCUGGUACAGGUGGAUGGCGUGAACAUCCUAUUCGAUCCCGUAUUCUCGGACAGAUGCAGCCCAAGUCAACUUGCAGGACCCAAAAGAAUCACGCCCCCUCCCUGCAAACUGGACGAAUUGCCUCGCAUCGACAUCGUCAUCAUCAGUCACAACCAUUACGACCAUCUCGACUUGACCACCAUCCAAAAGCUCCAAAAUGACCACAAGCCGUUCUUCUACGUACCCCUCGGAAACAAGGCCUGGUUCCAUUCUAUUGGCAUCAAGGAUAAAGUCACUGAGUGCGACUGGUGGGACGAGCAUGAGCACAGUUUCCAUGACAACAAAUCGGGAAUCAAAGUGAUCUGCACCCCCUGCCAACAUUUCACGGGUCGCUCCUUGACAGACACCUUCAAGACCCUAUGGGCUUCUUGGGUAAUCGAAUCCAUUCCCAGGACUGAGGGGGCCAAGCCCACCAAGGUUUUCUUUGGAGGCGACACCGGGUACCGCUAUGUCCCCAAGGGUGCAGACGAAAACGCCAUGCCCCAUUGCCCUGCCUUCAAGGAGAUUGGAGACCGUAUUGGACCGUUUGAUCUGUCCAUGAUCCCCAUUGGCGCUUACAGUCCUCGAUGGUUCAUGUCACCUAUCCACUGCUCGCCUGAGGAUGCAGUGCGGGUCCACGAGGACAUCAAGUCCAAACGUAGCGUCGGAAUGCACUGGGGCACUUGGGUCCUGACAGACGAGGACGUCUCAGAACCUCCAAAGCGUCUCGAGGCAGAAAUGAAGAACCGUGGGCAUGACCCCAACUCCUUCAACGUCGUUAGUAUUGGCGAGACCCUCGUCGUCGAUGUUUGA